GGCAUUACAUAGGUUGCACCAUAACUAGUCUAGGCUUGCUGCCGAACGGCCGUUUGCUAGCGCAUUUUUUUUGUAGUUUCUUACAAGCUUGCUAUGAUGGAGACGCUGGGCCGCAAGCUGUGCUCGGCGAGGCUGGACUCUGCUGCUGUCAGGCGCGUAAAUGGGCGACGGUCCGCAGUGGAGGUGCUCGCGCGAGCAACAUCAUCGCGCCCCAAAACAGCGACCAACUCUGGAGGCUCGGAGGUGACGAUGCGCUCGCUGGACGCUCCCGCCAAAACGUCGGUCACCGGCAGCACGUCGUCUGUGGACCUGGGAGCGAGCGUGUCCAGUCUAAGCAGUGUUGACUCGGUCCCGCACAGCAACGGUAACGGCAACGGCAACGGCAGCGGAAAGGUCAACGGCCUGGUGGUGGCGCGGGCGCCGCUUGGGACCUACAUGCCGGCAGUGCGGGCGGCGGCUGCGGAGGUGGCGCAGGGCAUUUCAGAGACCCGGGGCUCCGCCUCCUCCACCGCCCUCGCCAGCACCAGCACCACAACCGCCAUCGCAACCACCAGCACCAGCACCAGCACCAGCAGCAACGGCUUCAGCAGCGUUAGCCGGAAAGGCAGCAGUAGCAGUAGCAGCAGCAGCAGUACCAGUAGCAGCACGUUCGGGCGGUCGGGCGGGGCCUGGUACGGCGCCGCCGAUGCGACGGUGGUGGAGGCCGAGGUCGUGGACCGACCCACAGAGUCCAACUUCAAGUGGGCGCAGGACGACUACAACGCCCUGCAGCGCAAUGUGGACACGUGGGCGUUCUUCUCCGUGUUCCGGUCGCGGCUGUGGCUGCUGGACCAAAAGUGGAGCUACCCGGGCGGCUGGACGGAGGCCAAGAGGGCGGAGCGGGCGCGGGGGCUGGCCAAGUACCUGCUCAACAGUGUGCUGCAGCUGGGACCCACCUUCAUCAAGAUCGGUCAGCUGAGCUCCACUCGCUCCGACCUGCUGCCGGGCGAGUUCGUGGAGGAGCUGUCCACGCUGCAGGACCGCGUCCCGGCCUUUUCCGCCUCCAAGGCCAUCGCCAUCAUUGAGAAGGACCUGGGCCGCCCCGUCAGCAAGCUGUUCGCCAGCUUCGACGAGCGACCCAUUGCGGCGGCCUCGCUGGGGCAGGUCCACCGGGCGGUGCUGUUCAGCGGUGAGCAGGUGGUGGUCAAGGUGCAGCGCCCCGGUCUGAAGCAGCUGUUUGACAUCGACCUCAACAACCUGCGCAUCCUGGCGGAGCAGCUGGACAAGGGGGACGAGAACCGUGACUUCAAGGGCAUCUACUCCGAGUGCGCCGCGGUGCUGUACCAGGAGAUCGACUACCUCAACGAGGGACGCAACGCAGACCGCUUCAGGCGCAACUUCCGGGCUGACGCGGCGUGGGCCCGCGCGCCCAAGGUGUACUGGGAGUACUGCAGCCCGCGGGUGCUGGUGCUGGAGUACCUGCCGGGCGUCAAGAUCAGCGACAAGGCCCGGCUGGCGGCUGCGGGUCUGGACCUGGACAUGGUGGCGCGGCGGGCCACGGAGGCCUACCUGAUCCAGAUCCUCAAACACGGCUUCUUCCACGCAGACCCCCACCCCGGCAACGUGUCUGUGGACCCCAAGACCGGUGACCUGCUGUUCUACGACUUCGGCAUGAUGGGUGAGAUUGGCGGUGACGUGCGCGAGCGGCUGCUGGACGUGUUCUACGGCAUCUACCGCAAGGAGCCCGACCAGGUGCUCAAGGCGCUGGUGGACCUCAAGGUGAUCAAGCCCACAGGCGACACGCUGUCGGUGCGCCGAGCCAUCAACUUCUUCAUCGAGAACCUGGCGCGUCAGACGGAGCGGCAGGAGACCAUCGCCAACAUCGGCGAGGACCUGUUUGCCAUAGCCGUGGACCAGCCCUUCAGGUUCCCCGCCACCUUCACCUUUGUGCUGCGCGCCUUCUCCACGCUGGAGGGCAUCGGCAAGACGCUCAACCCCGACUACCGCUUCAGCGAGGUGGCGCAGCCCUACGCCGCGGAGCUGCUGCAGCUGCAGGACUCGGGCUCCAACUCGCGGCUGCUACUGGAGCAGGUGCAGCAGCAGGCCUCGGAGCUGGGCGCCGCCGCCGCCGCCAUGCCACUGCGCGUGCAGCGCAUUGAGUCCACCCUGUCCCAGCUGGAGGCGGGCGAUCUCAAGCUGCGGGUGCGGGUGCUGGAGGGGGAGCGGGCCAACCGCCGGCAGGGCAUCAUGCAGGCCGCCACGCUCCACACGGUGGCCAGUGUGGGCCUGCUCAACGUGGGCACCCAGCUGGCGCUGUCGGGCGGGCGCGAUGGCGCGGCGGGCGUAGUGCUGGCGCUGUCGGCUGUGUUCGGCGGCCUGGCGCUGGCGGGGCUGAAGCGCGUGCAGCGACUGGACAAGUUCGAGAAGGAGAUCCGGGGUUAGUUGGUUGGUUGGUUGGUCGGGUCAUGGUGGUUGAUGGCUGGUUUGGGUUUUGUGGCAAGUUGGGUUUGGAUGGUGGUUGCGGGGGUGGUUGCGGGGUUGGUGGCGGGGGCGGUGGGGAUGGGUAUAUGCCCGAGCCCAAUACCUAGGUCAAGGAAUGUUAAGGUUGAUAGAGGAGAGGAGAAGAGAGGAGAGGAGUGGUGGGUGAUAUGCCCGAGAGGAGAAGGGAGGAGAGGAGGGGCGGGGAGAGGAGGUGUGAGUUACAUGCCCAAGAGGCGAAGAUAGCAGGGGUGGAGAGAGGUCGGAAAGGCAGUGGCAGGACGUGGGGGGCCCUGGGCGUGGGUGUGGGAGAGUGUGCUCGUAAGGAGAGCGGAUGAGGGGGGGCCGGAGCAUGCAUGUUGCGGGUGAGGGUGCAGAGCGUGUGAUUUCAUCAAAGCUGGGCGGUGAGAUGGGAAGAGAAAGACAAACCGGGACAAGCCAGCUCGUGCUGCUGGAGCGCAUUCAAGCAGCGGAAGGAAGCGGGCAUACGCAAAUAAGGAAUCCGUGACCAUGACGUGUGGCAAGAGAGCGUUUGUGUGAGUGAGUGUUACUUCGCUUGUUAAUGACUGGGCAAAAGUGAGACGCAGCCUGGCAGUUGCCUGGCCACGUCUUCAUCACAUGUGGCCGCUUGGCCCAACAACAUGAUUUACAUGGAUGCGCGCAUGAGAGGAGGUGACCGGCUGUUACUCGUGUGCGUACCCGUACCCAAAGGGCAUAUGUUUUUGCCGUACAUGCAGUGAACUGUUGGUGCGCGAUGCAAGAGGACGUGAGCAGUCCAACAGGUAUGUGCGUAUGUGUAUGUGGUGCAAGUAAAGGUGGAGAAGUGGUGCACGCACGUAGGGGCUGAGUGUUGUGAUGCGAGGGCUCUUCCCGGUGGCGUGAGACAUUCGCCCGUACGCUGUCCCUCGCUGUAAUAAUGGCAGAGA